CCUUCUUCUCCUUCUCCAUCUACGUUAUAAACCCUUUUUCUUCCGCGUUUCAUCUCCUUCCGACGCGAAGCCAUGAAGCUCAGAUUGAGAUCAUUCGAAUCCAAAGAAACCCUAAAAAUUGAAGCCCCAAAUUCAUGUUCUCUCCCCCAACUCAAGCAAAUUGUCUCCCAAGCCCUCCCCAAUUCAUCUUCUCCCGCUUCAAUUCGCCUGUCUCUUAAUCGGAAAGACGAGCUCCAAUCCGAUGGCGGCGAAUCCCUCCACUCCCUCGGCAUCGCCGCUGGUGACCUGAUUUUUUACUCUAUCGAAGAGGGUGUGAGUUCGAAUUCCGAAAAUAGCAUUCCCCCGGAAGCCGAUUCUAAUUCGGAACCAGGCUUCAAGGAUUCUGAGGGUUCGACGAGCUUGACUGCCCAAAAUACGCUUCCCGAGGCUCAGAGUUCCGAUUGUGUGAUUCCGGAUUCGCAGAAAGAGAAAAUCCUGGAUAGGGUUUCCGAGAUGGGGGUAAUUGUGGAUGACAUGGAAGUUGAUGAUGAAGAUAAUGAAAAUAGUUGUGAUGGGUUGUUAGCGGAGGUUGUUGGCAAGUCGUUUUCUGUGCCUGGUUUUUUGAGAAAAGUGUUCAUGGAAGAAUUGGGUGAUGACUGCGGACGCAAUCACAAGUUGAUCGUUAUUGCAGUUCACGCUGUUAUGUUAGAGUCCGGUUUUGUGGGUUUUGAUAAGAAUGCAAAUGUGGUUGUUCGUGGUUUUCAGUUUCGUAAUGAGUGGCCGGCGGGUUUGUUCAGGGUGUCUUUCUUUUACACUCUACCACAAAGUCCUAGUGUUGCUCAUGGGGAGGUGAAUAAGAGUGUCGUAUUGAAAUUUCAGAGUUUAGGAAAAUUCAUUAAUGUUUAUGGAACUUUAGGCAAUGGAUCAGAGAAGAGAGGCACUUAUUGGGUGCAAUUGAAUGAGGAUGAAUUGGUUCCUUUUCUGAACGUUGUAUGGGCAAAUUGUGGUAUAACAGAUAAUAUUAGUGGAAAAGAUGGAAGCAUUUCAGGUACAUCUCCAGAGAAAGAGGUGUUCAAAUUUUGGAGGACUGUGAAGGAUCAACUUGCAUUACCUUUGCUGAUUGAUUUAUGUGAAGAGGCUGGUCUGGAGCUUCCUCCUUGCUUUAUGCGGCUACCAACUGAUCUUAAGUUGAAAAUUUUGGAGUGCCUGCCUGGUGUUGACGUGGCUAAAGUGAGUUGUGUGUGCUCAGAACUGCGGUAUUUGGGGUCAAGUGAUGACUUAUGGAAGCUAAAAUUUGCUGAGGAGUUCGGCAAUGAGAGAAAGGAGGCACAAGGGGGUUGGAAAAAAGCCUUUGCCAGGGUGGUGUUGGAUUGGCGGAAGAGCAGGAAGCGUGCAGGCAGGGUUAGAGCCUCACCCUAUAGGCCUCUUCCUUUUCCUCCUCCAUUUAGGAGAGGUUAUGACAUGCCUAUUGGAGUUCCACUGGUACCGCACAUUGUAGGCGGCGAAUAUGAUAUUGCACCUGCAAUUGGGCAUGAUGUACACACUAUGCUCCACGGCUCAGUAAACCGUCCAAUGCGGAAAUUUUCACCGUGCUGUAAUUUAGGGGUUCGUGGUGGUAGGUUUAUUUAAGUGUGGUGUUACUACUUUAGGGAUAUGUUUAUCAUACUAUGUAUAUUGGCUUAUAAUAAUCUGCGAACAGCAAGUUAUAUAUACUUUUUGUGCUUGGGUUGUCGCAUCUAUUUGUUUCCUCACGUGUUCAGUUUUAUAUAACAUUGAGUUUGGUUAUGUUAUCCUAAUACCAUUGCAGUA